CAUUGGAGGUUAUGUCUCCUUAAUAUUGACAAGUGACAUUCAAACAAGCCGCGUUUUCCGAGAAUCGUGUUUACAUCUGGAAUUAUUGUGUGAAGAUGUCGAGGAAUCAGCGUAAAAUAGCUGGUCCGGUUGCUUCCACGCCAUACAUUUUAUUUACGGAUAAGUUGAAUAAGCCAGCAAAAUUGAAGAAAAGGCGGGACGGCCGCAAGGAUGACGAGCAAAGGCAGAUUUAUGUAAAACUCGGAGUAACUUCACAAGCCAAGGGUUCAGCUUAUCUGGAGAUGGGUCAGACGAAGGUGAUCGUAUCAGUAUUGGAUCCUAGGGAAAUACCGAAACAGAACAGGAAAAGCUUAGACGGUGAAAUCCAAUGCGAAUUAAAAUAUGCACCAUUCGCUUGCCAGGGUAAAAGCAGCGCUGAAUUAGGAGCCAAUGAGAAAUCGCUUAGCAUAGCACUUAAGAAAUCUUUACUACCUGCAGUUUGUCGACAUGAAUUCACAAAUUUCCAGAUUGACAUCCUCAUUUACGUCUUGCAAGACGACGGGUCAGUUUUAAGUGCCGCGAUCAAUUGCGCUGGGCUCGCUUUAAUCGACGGUGGGAUACCCAUGUACGACAUCAUAACGUCCACAACUGUUGGUGUUCAAGGCGACAGAAUUUUGCUGGAUCCCACAGCCUCCGAGGAAGAUAUUUGCAAAGGCAGUAGUUGUUUCAACGCAGAACACGGCAUCGUUGUAGCUGCUCGUCUUGAGUCACAUGCUCAAACUACAGAAUUUUACCACAUAGGCUAUAUUUUACCGGAAAAAUUUAAGAAAAUCAGUGAAUAUAUAUUUUCUAAGAACGAGGAUAUUGCGAAAAUUGUAAAACAGGCACUUGUUCAGAAAGUCAAAGAGCAUGUAGUGAAAAAGGGCAAUAAAGAUGAAGCUUCAAAUUGAAAUGUA